GAUUUCAAUAAUAAAAACUGUCAUUCAAAAGUAUUACGUCAACUAAUCCUUGAUAAAAAAAUAAACGACCUUUGCACAUGUAGGUGUAGGUAUAAUUACGUAUUUAUUUCUAUAUUUUCCGACAUCUCUCAGUAUUAUUUAUUAAAGAUGGUAAGUAAAACUGAAGAAUGGGGCGUCGAAGCAGCUUGGGGUAAAAUCGCAUGUGUAUCAUGGGGCGAUCCAGGACAAUCCCCAGUGUUGUUAGUUCAUGGUUAUAUGGACACUGCCGCAACUUUCAUACCAAUUUUACAGCAUUUACCUGACAAAUAUUAUUAUGUGGCGAUUGACUUACCAGGUCACGGCAAAUCAGAUCCUUUUCCGGUGGGUCCUCUCAUAUCCCAAGCUCACCAAGUGGUGGCAAUUAAUUACGUGAUCCAGCAUUUAAAAUGGGAAACAUUUGUUUGCAUUACACAUUCCGUUGGAUUUAUUAUAGGAAUUCUCUACAACUAUAUAUAUCCGUUCAGGAUAUCAAAAAUGGUGAACUUAGAUCCAGUACCACCACUCUCUACAUACUGUUUCCAAGAUUACAGCCCCCAUUUGUGGUACCAAUACUUGUAUGAUGAUUAUUAUGAGAAUUAUUCAAGAUGGGAACUUGAACGCAGCAAAGAGUAUACAUAUGAACAAGCAAUAAACCUUCUAGUGAGAAGUAGAAAGUUGACUAAGGAACAGUCUGCUGUUGUGCUGUCGAGAACAUUGGUACCUGUGGGUGCUGGUAAAUACAGAUUAUCCUGGGAGCCCAGUAUGAAAAAAGUGGUAGGAAUACCAAUGACAGAAGAUAUGCUUAGUCAAAUAGUUACAACUAAUGCACCAAAAAUGCUAAAUAUAGUCGCAUCUGUUGACGAAACUAUCCCAAUAUUCAAGAAGAAUGGCGUCCGAUUAAUGAAGAGAUUUCAAGAAUCGAUACCAAACUUUAUCGUUAUUAACGUUACAGGAACACACGAUGUUCACAUCACUAAUCCUGAAGCGUUUGUCGAUAAAAUUAACGAUUUUUUAAGUAGUGAUGACAAAACAAAAGUACUUGCCAAAUUAUAAUAUUAUAUAUUUUAUA